GUUUGACCGUGCUGCUCACAUUAAUGAUGCUCUGUGUGAUUCCCAAUCUCUUGUUUUUAAUGUCAAGUCUGUCUUCUCUUACUUUUAUAGACACAGAAAACGUCAACGUGCAAGAAAAGCUGUUUUUAAGUUCGAUGGGUCUCUCGAGUCGCCCAAAACCUUCACAUCAGGCUCCAGUGCCGUCUCUGCUGUGGAAACUGUUUGAGAAGGGCAGCACACAGACCUCGACGUCUGACACCGAUCCAUGUGUGGUGUCCGAGUAUGGAGUCCGGGGAAAUAUUGUCAGGUUCAUCCAGGAUCAAGGUAGUCUGAUAUCUGCUCCGGCCGUCCACUGCUUUAAUUGUGUGAGAAAGCAUCUGUUUUUCAACAUGUCGGUGCUGGAGGAUGUUGAGCAACUCUCCUUUGCGCAGCUGGAAAUGAAGUUCAAACAGGAUCUGGCUCACCUGGGACCGCAUGUUUUCAGCGUGGACCUGUACAGGGUUUUGAGGACCACGCUGAAGGGAGUAACUCACGAGUCCAGCCGUAAAUUACUCCUGUCUCAGUCGCUCGGGCCUGGUGCGCACGCUUCUGUGCACAUCAAUCUGACCGAUCUGGCUGAAACCUGGAGAAAGCCAGGUAAGAACUACGGGAUGCAAGUUGAGUUGCAGCUCAAGCACUUGAGCAACAUGCUUCAGGAGGAUGCAUAUGUGGAAAGCACACAUUCAGCUGUGCAGAUUGCUCAAAUGCCAGAGUUGUACACGUCUCUGGUGGUGGUGUCGUUGAAUCCGCUUCAAUGCAGGUCCAGGAGAAAGCGAAGCGCUGCGUAUUACUUACCUGUGACGCCCAGUAACGUGUGCAAACCCAGAAGGCUUUACAUUGACUUCAAAGACGUGGGUUGGCAGGACUGGAUCAUUGCGCCCCAGGGGUAUUUGGCCAAUUACUGCCACGGAGAGUGUCCUUUCCCUCUGAGUGAAAGUUUGAAUGGGACCAACCAUGCCAUCCUGCAGACGCUGGUCCAUUCGUUUGAUCCUAAAGGGACGCCUCAGCCCUGCUGCGUUCCCAUCAAACUGUCCCCCAUCUCCAUGCUCUAUUACGACAAUAACGAUAAUGUGGUUCUGAGACAUUAUGAAGACAUGGUGGUGGAUGAGUGUGGAUGCAGAUGAACUCCAAUUCAUUUGAAAUGCUGAAGUCCAUAUCUUAAACAUAUUAAAAUGGUGCUUUAUACUUGUUCAGUGAUACUGUGGACAUUGAGGACAUGGUGGGAAAAUGUGGAUGGACAAUGACCUGUAAUUUGUUAAAAAAUAAACU